AUGUCUUCUCAGAGAUCAGACGAUGAAGAAACGCUUGUAAACGAACCGGUAGACGACAAGUUUUUCAAUGUCAAGGGCGGGAAAAACUCGAAGAAACGCAUCUUUUGCAUCUCUGUUGGUGAAUUUGAUGGACUACCCGACUUGAAAAAUCAUCAUACAGACAGAGCUAAAAUGUUUAAAACAUUUUCGCGACUUGGUUACCGUCCAACGCAGACUACAGAAGACAGGAUCACGCUCAACAAGGGAAAAGACUACAUGCGCAGAUUCGUGAAGAAAAUCGACAAGAAGCAAAUUGAGGAUAACGAGGAUCUGAGAGCAGUUAUCAUUUAUAUAAAAACUCAUGGAUCACAAGGAAGUGGGAAAUUGCUUCAAUCCUGA